AAUGGAUUGGAUGCAUCAAUGUGCUGUUUGCUACGCAACGAAUUGGGCCCCCACACAGAUGUUGACAAGUCCAACCAACAGAAGCCAGCCAAAGAGGGCGACGCACGCACACUACAUCUCUCCUCGCCCAUGCCAUCCACCCUGUAUGUUUGUAUGUGUGACCACUGAUGAGUGAGUGCCUUUGUACACACAGAAGUAGUCAGUGAAUGAGACAGGCAAGGAAGGAAAGAAGGAGGCUCCACUCACUCAGGAUGGGACAAGUGCGUUCGUCGAUGCAUCUGAUCGGCAUAUGCUCUCUGCCUUCUUCUCACUGCCCACGCUCAGGAAAGGAGACGCUGGCGUGAGAGGCCAACAUCGCCACGCCUGCGCGGAGGCUUGCAUGAGACGACAGAGAGACACCACACGUCCGCGUGGACACUCAACGGACAUUCACACGGCACGACCCAUGACACGACACACGGCAAGGCAAGGCAAGGCAAGGCAAGCAGAUACAUUACACCACCUCAAAAAGACCACUCACUCACUCAACUCAGCAACGACCGAUAAAAAGACGUCUGCCCCCCGUUCAUCUGCCUCACUCACUCGACCCCACACACCAUGAAUGAAUGGACCCCUUUAACAGGUGUCUGUCUUGAACCUUCAUUUGACGAGUGAAGCGAGAAUGCGUCGUGGCGGUACGAACGACCUCCUGGCGUGCAUCACCGCAUAGUUGUCCACCAGCAACACAUCACCUAAAAACAGAGACACAAACAAAUGUGUGUGCGGUGCGCGACGUGCUUGGCCGCUGGUGAGUGCCUUGGGUUGGUGGCGCAGUAUGUUUGUUACCCUUGUGCCACUUGAAGGCCACAGCCUCCUCGUCGGCCACCUGUGCGAUGAAAUUCAUGACCUCGCUGGGGAGGGGCUCGCCGUCGCCAAACAACACUGCCUGCGCACCGCAACACAUACACGGGUCGGGUAGAGAGAAACAGAUGGGCAUGUGCGGUGCACUGUUUGUCUGGCCGCGUCUGUGACAUGACAGCGUGCGGUGCGCUGCAAUAUAUGACCUUUUGAGGGUCGUUUCUCUUGUCUUUCCAUCCGGUGAAUGCGGCGAUCAUUUGGUUGAAGAACUCCGUCUCAUCGCCCUUCUCGGGAUGAGCCUUGACCGCAGACAGCAUCGGAGUGAUCUAAACGCACACACAGCCAGAGCAGUGAAUGACCUACCUGCCGCUGUAUCGAGUGACUCGUGUCCUGUUUGCCCUCACCGUUUUCAGAUCUCCUCCUGCCAGCCACUCCCUGACACACAGACACAUAGACAGACAGAGAGAGAUCACUCCUCCCUCCGGCCACCCCUUUUUUCCUUCCCCCAUCAUAUUGAUCAGCCCCACCAAGUGUAACCGUCCUCCUUCAUCUUUGCCUCGGCCUCUUCUCUGGUGGCCACCCUGAAGGUGCUCUUCCACGAGCGGCCCAGGGCAGACAGCUCGUCGUCCUCCUCGGGGGCCACACGCACAUACUUGACGCCCUUCUCCUCCAACUUGGACAGAAACUGACAAACGGACACACACACACACAGACAGACAGACAGACAGACACAUACAUACAUAAAUACAUACAUACAUACAGGCGCUCGAAAUGAGUGGCCAGCCAACAUCAAUACAUCCAUCGGAUUCCAUCCAUCCAUCCACCCAUGACGUGUCGACGUGUGACGUACGUCUGGGUAUUUGUCUUUGAUCCGCCGGUAGACCGCAUGCGACAAGACAAUGGGAGCUGACACAGACAGACAGACAGACAAUGGGACAUCCGCUGUGUCAUUCAUGGGAUGUGAUGUCGUGUGUUGUGCUGUCAUGUGGGCCUGCUCACUCUCGCCGCCCUCUGCCGAUGGCAGGUCGCAGUAGAAGAGCAGCUUGCUGGGGUACGCGGGCAGCUGAGCCAUCUGCACCAACCAAUGAACGACCACAGCACAGCCAUGGGCAGAACAUGAAAGAAUGCCGGGUGCCGAUGCAUUCACUUGGCACUCAAGUGUCUGUCUGGCUGGCUGGCUGGCCGGCCGGAUCCCUCAUUCUUGCAGAAUUCAAUUUGUCUGUCAGGGUCGGCCGAUGACCGACCAAGUCAGACCUUGAUAGCGUAUUGGUUUCUUAAUCAUCAGGUUGCCUCAGCUGGCUGGCCGGCUGGCUGGCUGGCUGGCUGGCUGGCAUCCAUCCAUCCAUUCAUUCGGUCCGUCGACCCACCCACCUCAUGGUGCCAGGGGAUCUUCUCUGAUGGCGGGGAUUCAUUGGCCGUGAACACUAUGUCACCCACGAUGUUGCGACGCACCGCCUGCACACACCAACCAUAACACACACACGAAUGAUCUGAUCUACUGCCCACCAAACACGGCACUGCUGUACUGCGGUAAUGAAUAGCUUCUGCUCACAUUGCCGCCGAUGUAGGGGAAGUUUUCCCGCCCCAGCGCCAGGACAAACUCGGCAAAGUCUUCGGGCGACGAGAUCGGGAAACUGCGGAAUAGCAACGCCUGACAAACACCGCCCACACAGAACCCGGCAGGCACGUGAGUCGAAACGAGAGGAGGAAUGUCGACAGAUGGUGAGCUGUGGUUUCACUCACCCCGUGUGUGGUGAGCCUUUGGAAGAUGCCCUGCCUGUUGGUGGUCAGCCAGGCCUUGACGUCCGCGAUGGUCUUGAGCUCACCCUCCCUCGGCUUGAGAGUCAGUGGGAAGCUGUGCUCCUCACUCAACCCCUUCCUCUGCUCGGGGAUGCUGAUCGUCUCGACCUCCAUGAUACGUGUAGGCCACCUCCCUGAGCCUCUCCUUUCC